AUGGCUGCGGCACCAGACGUCGAUUCGGAGGCCAAGACAUCGACGCAAACAUUCAAGAUAGGCACACGAGCAUCACUCCUGGCCAAAGUCCAGACGAAUGAGGUCGUCAACGCAUUGAAGAAAGCAUGGCCCGAUUACCACUACGAGAUUGUGGCCAUGACCACGACUGGCGACAAUAAUCAGAAGACGGCUCUUCACAAGUUCAACGAAAAGGCUUUGUGGACCCAAGAACUCGAAGUCCUCCUCCAGAGUGGCGAUCUGGACUUGAUAGUGCACAGCUUGAAAGACAUGCCCACGCAGCUACCGCAUGACCUCGACCUCGGAUGUGUGACGAAACGACAAGAUCCGAGAGAUGCGCUGGUUAUCAAGCCCACGCUUGUGGACAAGUACCGCUCGCUGGCAGAGCUUCCCGAAGGCAGUGUCGUUGGGACGUCAAGUCUUCGACGGAUAGCGCAGCUGAAGAAACAUUACACUCACCUAAAGUUUACCGAUGUACGUGGCAACGUGGGUACCCGGCUUGCGAAGCUCGACAAUCCAGAGUCUGAAUACAGCGCUAUCAUUCUCGCGGCAGCGGGGCUGGCACGAUUAGGCAUGGACAGGCGGGUUACGACCUAUUUGUCGAAGGAUAAUGGAGGCAUGCUUCAUGCAGUCGGUCAAGGUGCACUUGGGAUUGAGACUAGAAAGGGUGAUCAGCGAGUCAACGAUCUUCUGAGCAAGAUCUGCUGCGAAAGAACGAUGCGGCAAGGUCUGGCUGAACGUAGUCUCAUGAGAACGCUCGAAGGCGGCUGUUCGGUACCCAUCGGUAUCGAAACUGAGUGGGUUUCGAAACGAAGCUUUUCGCCAGAAGGUAGCGGGAUUGGCGUCAAGCCUGCCGAGGAUUAUCACAAGCUUACCGGAGUGGCCGUCAACAGUCCGGAGAACAGCUCGGCGCCGCUGGAUGCAGAGGAAGCAUUGUCGGAUGAGUUGGUCAUGCGUGCGAUCGUGGUGAGCCUUGACGGGCAGGAAGCGGUAGAAGUGGAAACGCGGAAGCUCCUGAACAGUCGAGAGGAUGCGGAUCAGUUUGGCUGGGAGGCAGCAAGAUUACUCGUGGACAAGGGAGCGAAGGAGAUUCUGGAGGCUAUCACGCUGAAUCGCGGGAUCAUUCAUGAGCAGGGCGACGCCUGA